GGCGACGGCUGGGGUUUAAUGUCCUGCUCAGCCUGAUGACUGUUUUUCAGUAAUUUAUCCCUGCCGUGGAUGACAGUCCCUGGGGGACAGUGAGGUCUUUCAUGUAGAUUCAGUCAUUGAAGACUGGACCUGAUGGAGGUGGUGGACAGCCCGCUUAACCUGGCUCACCAGCAGUGUAGGAAAGCAGACCGACUGCUGGCAGCAGGAAAGUACGAAGAAGCCAUAUCCUGUCAUGGAACAGCUGCAGAGCUAUUGAGAGAUGCCAUGAAGCUGACAGAGUGUGAGCAGGCUCGUCUGUCCAUGGAGCUGCAGAUGGACAGCCACAUUAAGCAGCAGCGGCUGAUCCAAGAGCGCUGGAAGAGAGAAGCCCGCCGCGAGGCCAUCAUAGCCCAGCCCAGCCUGCCGAAGCCCCCUGCCAAGCCAGCCAUGCCCUCCCAAACCCAAGCAACCAUCCAGCUCCAACCCCAGGCCCCCGCAGCCCUGGCUGCUACCGAGGGUGGAGGAACCAUUGAGAGAGAGUAUGACACUUUACUCUACCAGCUCCAGACUCGACGCACCGGUCUUUCCACACCUCCGCCUCCCCAGUGCUCUGGCUCCAAGACCACCAAAGAUGACAAAACCCGCCUAGAGGAGCAGCAGACCACCAUCGAGGGCCUGCGGCGGCUGGUGGAAGAGCUGAUAGAUGAAAACCAGCGGCUGUCCACGGAGAACGAGCGGCUUCGCUUUGAAAACGCCCGGCUCCACUCGGAGGCUGCCGACGCAGCGGACUUCGUGGAGCGCUCAGAGCUCUGGAUCCUGCCGCAGGCAGGGGGCGCUGUGGGAGCAGGAGGCGGACAGGAGAAGAAAACAACCGGGAAGGGGAAGGAGAUCGCCAUCCCCCAGCUCCCGCCGCUGGAGAUGCCUGCUCAGGAAGACCUGUGUCUGGAUGACCUGCCUACGCUGGAGCUGCCGGAGGACAUCCAGAAUGAACUGCAGGAGUUGCUGGACCGAGAUAAAAUGUCUUCUCUCUUCUCGACUCUGCUCUUCCACUGACCGACCCCUGCUGCCCAUGUUUCCCCCCCUCCUGUCCUUCCUGUCCUUCC